UUUGCGGUGAAAUAGGUGUACGUCGACUAUCCGUCGCAUAUCCGUUUUUGAGUGCGGAUACUCGCAAUGCGAAUAGGUAUCCACAAUAAAAGUUGCCGCAAAAUGUUAUCGCUGAAUACCCUGCGACUAUUCGCGCUGCGAUAAAUGUGAAGUUGUAACUGAAUCGAGUGUGAUAUUUCGACUUGAAACUUCGUACAACCAACGUGAAGUUGGCUGCGUUCGACGGACUUUUUCGUAUUGCGACUAUACGUAGAAUAGUCGCAAUGCGAUAUUCCGCAAAUUUCUCGUCGGGAUAUCGACCAAAAUUUAUACUAUUGUAGUACACUACUCUUACUUGCAUGAAUGUGUCAUUCUUGGAAUCAAAGCCAUAUCAUAAUGUCGGAAAAACCAAUUUUGUACAUGAAUAUUUUGAGUCCCCCAUGCCGAGCGGUGCUAAUGACUGGAGCUGAGCUUGGAAUUGAGUUCGAUUUGAAGGUCAUUGAUUUGUUGGGAUUUGAGAAUAAGAACGAUGAUUUUGUCAAGAUGAAUCCUCAGCAUACAGUACCUUUUUUGGAUGAUAAUGGUGUUGUAAUCGUGGACAGUCAUGCAAUCUGUGCAUACUUAAGCGAAAAGUAUGGAGAAACGGAUCGCUUGUACCCACGAGAUUUGGCGAAACGUGCACUUUGCGACUCGCGUUUACAUUUCGACAGUGGCCAUCUAUUCGCUCGCAUGCGUUUUAUAUACGAGCCGAUCCUAUACAUGAAAUCGCCGGAAAUGCCUGAAGAUCGUAUAAUUUAUGCUCAAACCGUUUGGGAUAUCAUGGAGAGAUGGUUCGAGGAAUCAUCGUAUGCGUGUGGCGAUGAAAUGACAAUUGCUGACUUUUGUCUCGUUGCUUCGGCGGAGUCAUUGACCGAAAAUGCCCCAAUGGACCCAUCAAAGCAUCCAAAAAUCAUGAAAUGGAUGGAACGUAUGUCGCAAUUGACAUACUUCGAAGAGCUAAAUGCGGCCCCAGCAAGGGAUCUGCAGGGUGGUGUUCGUGAAAUGCUGAAGAAAAAUGCAGAAUCCGAAUAAGUUCUAUUAUUGAAGAACCAAAUACCGUUUGACCU